GACGGAUUGAGGAUUUGGGAAUCUGAUUAGAGCGGAUUAUGAAUGCUUUUGGACACCAGCCAUCAAACCAACAAACCAGCCCCAUUCAGCACCACAGCGCUCAGGAGCUCAUGGACAUGGCCGUGUACUGCGACAACUUCGGCGUGUACCAGCAGAACCUCCACCACCAUCACCCCCAGAGGCCACCGGUGCACCACUCCAGCUACGGCCUGGGAGAGUACACCUCCCCGUCCACAAACCCAUACCUGUGGCUGAACGGACCGAGCAUCAACUCCUCUCCUUAUCUUCCAGGGAGCAACGGAACAUCAUACAUACAGUCAGGAUAUGGGUCGAACCAGAGGCAGUUCUUGCCGCCUCCCACCGGGUUUGGUGGAGCUGACCUGGGAUGGCUCUCCAUCUCCAGCCAGCAGGAACUUUUCAAGAUGGUCAGGCCACCUUACUCCUACUCAGCACUGAUAGCAAUGGCCAUACAAAACGCCCAAGACAAGAAGUUGACGCUCAGUCAAAUCUAUCAGUAUGUGGCUGACAAUUUUCCUUUCUACAAGAAGAGCAAAGCUGGGUGGCAGAACUCAAUCCGACACAAUUUGUCGCUGAACGACUGUUUCAAAAAAGUGGCACGAGAUGAGGAUGACCCCGGUAAGGGCAACUACUGGACGCUAGACCCCAAUUGUGAGAAGAUGUUUGACAACGGCAACUUCAGGAGGAAGAGAAAAAGGAGAGCUGACAUGAACGGGGGUGACAGCACCGCUCUUCCAGUCAAGUCAGAGGACGGCCCGCACAAGAUCUCAGACACCGCCAGCCUCCUGAGCUCCUCCCCGCCCAGCCUGCAGGGCUCCCCGGCCUCCACGGAGCCCAAGUCUUCCCCGUCUCCAUCCGGCGAGCACAGCCCGUGUUUCAGCAGCUUCGUGUCCAACGUGAACGCGCUGCUGGCGGGCAGCGGCGGCACCGACGGCACUAGAGGCGGGGACAGGGACUUUGGGUCCGGGCAUCACGGGGGGUUGUCCCAGAGCAGAGAGGGCAUGUCAGGACUCGGCUCUUACUCGCCAACUUUAAUCUCUCCUCUGAACUCUGACAACAGCAGAAUGAACUAUUACACAUCAGUACAGAGCCUCUCCAACCCGCUCUCCAACCAUUUUAGUGUCAAUAACCUCAUAUACAGUCGUGAAGGGACAGAGGUGUAGACGCAUAUAUGUAUAGACCACUGUAAAUAUCCUUACCAGUGUUGGACUUGUUACCCAAAAAGUAAUUUAUUACUCUUUAGUCCUUACACAUUUCAUAAUGUUAUUACUCCAUGGGAACAGCCACUGUCACACUUCUUUUCCGCCAAGGUUUAGAGAGAGUGGUAACGAAUUUGUAUAUUAUGAUGUUAAUGAAAAUGACAUUUAUUCCAUCAUUUGUAUGCGUUACCAUCCAUAUCUCUCAUGCCCAAUCUGUAUUUCAGUUUAACUGGGAGUUUCAUUUCCUGGCUUUAAAAUAACACAGUUCCAUUGUGACAUGAUGUUUAUUUGUUGUACAAAUCAAUUCAGCUCACACAUGUGGCCGUGGAGAGAUAGCCUGGGCCUGCGGGCCAUGGCUAGUUCACCUGGGAUCACUUUUUAAGGGCUUGUUGUAGCUGUCCCCCAC